UAUUUAUCCAAGCAAGAAAAUGGAUCAAAAUAUGGUUAAAUACGUUUAUGUCCCAUAUGACCCAGAGGCUCAUCAAAAUAAUAAUACUACUCAAGGAUUGCUCCAAAUGAGUCAGAAUCCACAAUCAUUGUAUAUUGCAGGAAACAGUCCUCAGAUUAUUCAAAACUCUUAUGAGCAAAGAAGCACCUCAGCAACUUUGUUCCUUUAUUCUAUCAUCAACAUGGCUCUUCAGCUUCUCCAGGCAUCUUUCUUGGCAGGGCAGAUGAAUGAAUCAAAAUCAAACUUAACCCAAAAGAUUACCACAAUGAUCUUCACUGCAUUCUUGAUCAAGCUUGGUUUCUCCCUUGUGACUAUCUUUUCCAGUGCUUUCUUUGACCAUAAGAGUUACUUCAAAGUAUUCAGAAUGCUUGCAAUAAUCCUCUUGAUCUGUUCUAUUGUGGCCUCAGGAACACUCCUAGUGCUCAGCUAUUCCUGGACAAUCCAGUAUACAGGUCUAGACUUGGUAUACUUGUGGUAUGUUUUCUACAUGUCGAUUGCUGAGAUACUCCUCUAUAUCCCCUUCGCUAUUACUUUGUUUGGCUCAAGCUAAGGUCAUCCUCAAUUAUUCAAUAUUCUUGAA